GAGCCAUUGACCAAUGUUCCUACAUCAAGUACCACUACUCCUCAGCAACCAUUCCUAAGAAUCUAACCUACAACAUUACCAAGACCAUCCGUCAAGAUGAAUGGCAUGCUUUACAUUUACGCCGAAUGACAGCUGGUUUUAUGGGCAUGGCGGUGGCUAUCAUCCUAUUUGGAUGGAUUAUCGGGGUGCUGGGCUGUUGCUGGGAUCGAGGCCUUAUGCAGUAUGUGGCAGGACUUCUCUUCCUCAUGGGAGGAACCUUCUGCAUAAUUUCACUGUGCACAUGUGUAGCCGGAAUCAACUUUGAGCUCUCCCGAUAUCCCCGGUACCUGUAUGGACUCCCUGAUGACAUCAGUCAUGGCUACGGCUGGUCCAUGUUUUGUGCAUGGGGCGGCCUAGGUCUUACUUUGAUCUCUGGCUUCUUCUGUACCUUGGCCCCUUCUGUUCAACCUGUCCCCAGGACCAAUUGCCCCAAAUCGAGACCUGAGAAUGGGACAGUGUGCUAAGACAAGUACAAACAAGCCUAUAAAUAUACAUAUUAUACAUAUAUAAAUAUAAAUGAAUAUACAUAAACAUAUAUUAUAUAUAGAUCUCAAACAGUUGCCAGUGCCAUGGUAGAGUGGAGUCCAAUGAGGCUCCUACAUCUUCUCUACAGCUUUGUAUUGUUCUUGUUAUUUUUCCUGGAGAAAGGAAUAGCUUUUCUGCAACAUUGCUCUUCCACUCAGCUCCUUAAAAAAAAAAAAUCUUCAGCAUCCCACUUCAAACAUCAAGUGAACAUAUUGUUGCAUCUGUCUGCCGCCAGUUGUCUGUGAUAUGAUAGGGAAGGGAAAAGGGUAUCUUGGUGCAUAAGGUACUUUUACAAGGAGUAACGAAAAGAAAAAACACACUGUGUUGGGGAAACAUAAACAGUAAAUAAAUGAACCUCUUCAGUUACCUCUCUAAAAUCUAACCUUCUCAAGGCCAUCUUCAGAAUCCCUCUGCUCACACAUGGAUAUUUUUUAUUUUUUUUAAACCUUGCCUGUUACAUCAAAGAGGAAUGAACCAGAAGAUUAAGGCAGGUUUCCCUUUAUUUGUUAAACUUUAAAAAAAAAAAUCAGCCAAGAUUCUUACAGAACAAAACUUCAAGUGAGGAUCUUUGAGUGGAUGCUUUGACAAUGCUGUUUCAACUUCCCUCUGCCUUACAGCCAGGCUUAAUUGACAUGGCUGAACUGUUGGCAGAAAUGCAAGAGAAAGUCUAACUGAAAUGCUGUGAUGCAUUAUAACUCCCCCUCCAUCCCACCUUUUUUUUUUCAAAAAGAGAGAGAGAGAAAGAAAGAAAGAAAGAAAAGUAACCCUGGCGUUUUCAUGUGAUCUUCUACCAAAUUCUCCUCACUGUGAUUGCAACAAAAGGUGUCAAGACUUAUGCAUGGAUGAGGAAAAGCCUGUUUGGAGGCUGCACGUUUCAUGGUCUGGAUUUGGUUCUGCCUCUGAUCUCGCCUUGCCUUGGUACAUCAAGAACCAUCUGAUAGUGGAUAGAAGCCAUUGUGGGUGGUAAGAGGUGGGAAUGUGGGCUUUGUGGUUGUUUGAUCAUCAAGUUGGCUGUGCAGGAGGAGUUUGGGCAGAGAUUGUCGUUGUUGUUAUGCCAUUGUUUUGUUAAUCACAAUCAUGUGGGUAAAAGCCAUUGCAGUGAUAGGGGAAUUCUGAAGGGAUGGUAAUAAUAAGGAUUGUAAUACAUGGUGCUCCUCCUUAUGUCCAUGUGCACCAAGCACAGAUAUCCGUGCGGUUAUCAUAAACUACCUGAUUUUCUGAGCCUUCUAUUUGCCGCCCAGAAUUGUUUGCUAUGAGAUGGGUGGCAAAUAAAUUCAAUAAAUAAACAAAGAUGAGAAAACGUGUAAACCCGAAGGCAUUGAAGGGAGAGAAAGGAAUUCCAUUCCUCAUAAAAACCAACACUUUUGAUUGUGAUUUGAUAAUUCCCCCACAGGGGUAUUGUAAGGUGUGGUUAAAUAAGUCAAACUGGCAGCUGAAAUGUUGUGAUUGAAGAUUUGCUAGUUUGUGUGUGUGUCACCCAUUAAAAAUGGAUGGAAUUUCAACACACCUUUGUGGCCAUCAGUUUGACUUUGCCCACCAAGCCUGCCCCUACACAUACAUACUUUUCACCUGCUUCCUCUCUUCUCCUUAUUUCUUACUAUUUCCCCGCUUAUUUAUACCUGAGUCCUCCUAUUAAAUAUCCAUGCUAAAGAACUGGAGACAGCUAGGGUAACGAAAAUAACAACUUACGAUCCAGGAAAAAAAAAAAACCUGUGAUCUGAUUAGUCCUUAUGGAGAUUGGUAUAGAGAGGAUAAUCAAGACAAUGGAGAAGACACACAUACUAAUUGCAUAUAAUAAUGAACUUCAGAGGAAAAUAGUAGCGUAACAUUGGAGGAUGGAUUUGCCAAAAUAGAUGAACCACACUUCUAUUUUUAGUACCUCGUGACAUAAAAUAAAACUACCACUACGGAAGUAUCCUUUCCUUUAAAGACAAAAAGAAAGCACAGAUAGCACAUAAACAGUCUUUCCAACUAUAUUCUGAAGUAUUUAAUCCAGGUAGCAACACCUUCUUGAUGUCUCUUUUCAUCGUAGCUACAUGUGCAGAUAAACCAUGUGGUUACAAUGUGUGGGUCUACCACUCAGCCUUGGAUUAACCAUUAAGCACAUGCUUUUAGGGAACCAAGAGAAGGGGGCACCACAUCAUUUUCCCCUCCCAGCCAGUGGUGGGAUUCAGCCAGUUCGCACCUACCCGGGAGAACUGGUUGUUAACUUUC